AUGACAAUGAUCAGGAAUACUAUAAUUAUGAUUAUAGCAAUAAUAAUAUCUAUCUACGCUAUUACUGUCAUUGAGCUCAAUAAUGAUGAAGUAUUAACUGACAUUGAUAAUAGUGCUAUACAGGAUUCAGGUAACUAUAUCCUUAACAAUUACAAUCACGAAUCUAACAACUAUCAUAAAGAUAUGGACAAUAAAGAGGAAUUGAUCGUAGAAGAGGAGGAAUCAAUAACUACUGAAGAGAUAGAUAUUAAUGAGUCAUUGAGGUCCUUCCAAUAA